CACUAUUUCCUCCUGUAAAUCGCCACGCAGCGUUCUCCAGCCUCUCCUCUCCCCCUGCUGCUCCGAUUCACUGAUCAAUCAGCUUCAGCCAUGGCCGGCUACGUGGACCCCCUCGUGGUGGGUAGAGUCAUCGGCGACGUGGUGGACCUCUUUGUCCCCGCCGUGAACAUGACGAUCCGGUUCGGGUCCAAGCACGUCAACAACGGCUGCGACGUCAAGCCUUCCCUCGCCGUCGAUCCGCCCUCUGUCCAGAUCGCCGGCCGCCCUCACGACCUCUUCACUUUGGUGAUGACUGACCCCGACGCCCCCAGCCCAAGCGACCCCACGAUGAGGGAAUGGCUUCAUUGGCUGGUGAUGAACAUCCCCGGUGGAACUGAUCUUUCUCGAGGGGAGGAGGUGGUGGGGUACAUGGGGCCCCGCCCGCCGGUGGGGAUCCACAGGUACGUGCUGGUGCUGUUCCGGCAGAAGGGCAGGCUGCAGGAAGUGGCGGCGCCGGCGGCGAGGGGCAACUUCUGCACGCGGGCAUUCGCGGCGCAGUACGACCUCGGCCUCCCGGUCGCCACAGUCUACUUCAACGCCCAGAAGGAGCCGGCCAACCGGCGCCGCUGAGGAAGGAGAUCGAUCGUGUAUGCAUGUAUGUACGCCGAGAAUUAUUCCCCGACCUCUUUUAUAUUGAUCGAUCGAGAUCUCUCUCUUCCAUUUCUCCCUGUAGUUGCCUUUCUUAAUAAAUUUAGUGUUUAGUAGGAAGGAUGCGUAGGUGUUUGGGCGUUUGU